CGUACGGGACAUUUCCCGUUUAGAGUUGAAAAAGGCGACAAAAAAUGCGAAAAUAUCAGCAAUUGGCGCUGCUGCUGAUAUCCUGUUUCAGCAUUGGCGUCCUUUUGAUGUACAAAAGCGAAAACAAUCGCCUUAAAUAUGUGUUAAAGUAUGUCAACUUCUUUGGCCGCAAUGAUGCAGCCGUCCUGCGACGCCUACAGAACGGCACAGCAGGCGAAGAUCUGCAGCAUUUGUCCAAAUCGGCAUUCUCCAAGCCGCUGCCGGUUUGGCAGCUAAUAGGUGACUCCUUCUAUGCCUACUCCGCGUACUGGAAACAAAAGGAGCUGGUCGUCGGUGGAGAGGCGCACGUUAUUGUUGUCGGCAAAAAGGGAGCUGUUGUCGAUUUUCGCUGCAGCUUCGACGUGGGCGGACGCAGUGUCCAGGGCAAGUUUCGCUUUCAACGCGAUGCCGCCGAGGGCGUGGUCGAUGACAAGGCCAGCACAUUCACCAACUACAAUUUCUUCUGUCAAGUGAGCCGCAAUUUCGGCCAGCCGCAGUAUGUUUUAUUUAGCGAUACGACGUCGCCCAUCAAGCGACAGGUGAAACUGCGCCUGCGCCACCUCAAACGGGCGACUGCCAAAGCAGAUGCUAAGCCAGCUGCCAAAGCCACAACCGCAGCAGCGUCAGUUGCCAGCGGCCAGGUGCGGCUGCCGGCCACAAUUUGCGUGGAUUUGGUCAGCUUUGAUCAGAGCACGCGAUUUGCACGCAAUGCGGAUGCCAUGCUGCAGUUCUUUCUGUUUCAUCAGGCGCUGGGCGUGGAACACUUUUUGGUCUACAACUAUGACGAGCUGCCGGAAGAAGUCGUGCGCCUACUGGAUCGCACCAACAUGCACUUAUAUGCAUUGCCCUUCAAUUUUCCGUUUCUGCAAACAAACGCAACCGCCGCACGCAUACGACAGCUGCUGCAGACGGAUUGCCUGCUGCGCAAUGUGAACUAUGCCAGCUUCACCAUGCUGCUCACACCGAACGAGCUGGUGUAUCCGAACGCACGCUUCGCUAGCCAACUGGGCAAGGGCUCCGUGCAGCAGCUGCUGCGCGUUCAUGCCACGGCAACGCCACGUUUCGAGCUGGCCACUUUUGCUGUUUGCUUUGAUGAGCGCAAAAAGUUGCUUGUCGAUAAUGUGCAAUACGAUCCCGAGCUGAAGUUGCCCUACAAAUUGCUGCUUCACCGCUUGGAGCUGCCGGCGGCGCAGCUCUUGCUGCCAACAGCAACAACCGUUGAGCUGCCUUUAUCCAGCGGCUUGGCGCAUCGCUAUGUCGACUGUCAGCAGGUGGGCGCAGACGGGCUGCACGACUGGCGCAAUGGGGUGCGCGCGGAUCUGAUGGAUCACAUCAAUGAUCUGCGCAAUGAGGUCGAUUUACUCAUUUGAAUAGUAAUACGCCUAGUCUAAGUAGCACACUAGUUAGCAUAAGCUUGAGAUUUCAAAUUGACUGCCAUAAAGCGUAAUAACGCAUUU